AUGAGGCCAAAUUCUAACAGUUCUAGAGCUACUGAAGUCAGAAAUGUCGGACAGAAGAAAGCAAAGAAAGUUGGAAAAGUACAGGAGUAUAGCACAUCGCCAGAAGAGGAAGGAGAAGAUCAUAAUACAGCUUGCAUUUAUUGUAAUGAACUUUUCUCCAACUCUAAGUCUGAAGAAGGCUGGGUGAAGUGUUAUAAGUGUAGUGAAUGGGCUCAUGAACAGUGCACAGGCAUUAAUGAUGAUGAUGAUGAUGAUGAUGAACCUUAUAAAUGUGAUUUUUGUACAUGA